UAUGACUUUACGGAUGGCUGUGUGCUCCAUGCUGUUAACUUCGGCAUCGAAAACUGUACAAUUUUUCAUUGGGAUUGCUGUCGUCUGCUCCAAUCGGCAACGGAACUGGUUUGCACUGGAUUUACUUGAUUGAUUUCGCCAAGGUUGCGUCUCUGCCGGCAGGAUGUCAAAUUGUUAUUCUCGUUUCGUGGCGCGAUAUCCCCUGGUGGUCGUAUUGAUAGUCAUCCUCAUCCUCAGCCUCGCUCUGACCGGGAUCUUGGUCCACCGUCCGCCCUUGAUUCCCGAUCUAUCCAAUCAAAUGAAGGGCUUCGAACCAAGAGGUACCAAGAUCAAGAAUGCCAGCUUAGCAAUGUAUCACCUCCAAGCCGGUAUCCGCAAGGGUAAAUUCAGCUACUUACCAAAGCCUACGCGAUGGUACCCGGGGUUGGAGGACUACCCCUUGCCUACUUUAGCCCCUGCUGGCUCCCGUGACUCGAGCCUUCCUCAAGAUACCAUCGAGUCUUCCGACUUUGCGUCAGAUGUUUUAUACCAGUGUCGCUUGUAUGAACCUAUAGGUAAAGAAAGAGUGAAACUAUUCAUCAAGGGAAAGUUCGGAGGUGACAUUUUCUCGUCUUCCGUCAUGCGCACAAUCUGCAAAAUGGACACCGAAGUCAUCAUGGCGUAUCCCGGUGUCAACAAAACAUGUCCGUCGUUAUCAAUAGGACAUUAUGUUGGUGUGAUGAGGCGUAAAGCAUGUGCAGACCUAACCGACACUGACGUCACGAUGGCGAAAAAAAUCAUCCGCGCGUGCGCGCGGGAUUUCUACAAUGGCUUCCUAUUAUCAGACUGCUACCAAAAUCCGCAUAAGUGCCCGGGUGUUCAAAACAUGUGCACGGAAUACAACGUUGUUUAUAAUAUCUUCACCUAUCUGAUGGACAGCAAUUUCAUGAACCCCGCAGUUGAUUUAAUACCAAAGGACAAAGGCUCAAUGACGGUCGUUCAUCUACCCAUGACAAGGAUGGAUGAAAAACUGACGGAUAGUUUCUACCAGGAUGUUUACAAAGCUGGGAAAUUACAACCGAGGAAUUUACGCGUAAUUUCGAUUGACGUCAUAAAAAAUAGUAUCAUAUUUGAUUCCUAUUUCAAUUCAGACGUCGGGUUGAUAUCUCUCGGGGUAUUUGUUGCUCUGCUGAUGAUGUGCAUGUUCUUCCAAGAGGUCGUCGUAGCCGUGGCAACUACCGCCUGCUUCGGAAUGACCUGUGUCAUUUCAUACUUUUUUUACCACGUCAUCUUUGGAUUGGACUUCUUUCCUUAUGUUAAUUUCUGUGCCGUCCUCAUUUACAUAAUAAUAGGAGCAGACGUCAUUUACUUGGCCUUUGACCUAUGGCAUCAGGUAAAACUCGCGAAACCCGAGGCUACACUUGAAGAAAGAUUGUCAAGCGUGCUUCAUCAUACAGCAUUGUCGAACUUCGUGGCAUCUUUUACAAUUGCUUCCGUUUUCUAUGCAAAUUAUUCAAACAACAUCACUUCCAUUCGCCUUUUUGGAAUGCUCUCCGGAACGGGAAUAGUUGUGAAUUUUUGUCUUGUCAUGACAGUAGUGCCCGCCAUCUUAGUUUUAAACGAAAAAGUAGUGCAGAAGAGUAAGGAGUAUCUAAAACGUGAACAGGAUAGCACAAAACGAAACGAAACGGAAAAUUCGUCAACGCAGCGGAAAAAUUCGUGUCAUUUGUGCGUUGAAGGAUUAGUCAAAAGGAUAAAGGGUUUUAGGAAUUUUGUAUAUGGAAGUUGCUUGCCAAUGAUAGUGUUACGGUUCUGGUACGUUUGGAUAGCUGGAUUUACCAUUUUCGGUAUUGGCGGUCUCAUAUGCAUUUACUAUUGGCCUAAUAUUACGUUCCCUCGAUAUAAAGGUAUCCGGACGUUCCAAGAAGACCAUCCUCUCGGCACCUUCAUGAAUCUAAACAACAAAUUUAAUCACUUAUUACUAUCUGAUCGUGACACAGAAGGGGCCAAUCCGCAGAAUUUUACAAUUCAGAUAGUCUUCGGGACGUUACCAGCUGACAAUGGUAACUGGCUUGACCCAAAUGAUCGAGGAACUACAGUGUUUGACACACGAUUUGAUUUUUACCACCCGCGGACUAUAGAGUGGCUUCACCAGUUCUGUCAUCGCCUUGUUGCGCAGCCGUUUUUAGGGACACACAGCAGGAAGCUGAAGUGUACCAUGGAUCUCAUACCGCCCGCAAUGGCCCGGCCCUGCAGGGACGCAGCAGUCCCUAAAGUAGACCAUUCCCCGUGUUGCGAGAGGCCGGUCUCCCACUUUCCAUACCAUCGCGAAACAAUGGUAAAAUGUUUCGCAAAGUUGUUCCAAUAUUUGGUGUAUGAUAACAGCAGUGCCAGUCCAUUUCAAUUUCUAGGCAAGCCACUCUUCGACAGCCGAGAUAACAUUACAGUAUUCAUCUUCAGUGUUGUUACGACAGACCACUGGUCCGCAGAGUAUAACGCAGUCGCAGCCUUCUACAAGAAAAUAAAAAGGUUCGUGAAGGUUUCUCGGCAAGGUGCUCCAACUGGUCUAGACAGUGCCUGGUUCUUUUCUUCUUUUGAUUUCUAUGACCUCCAGGUGGCGCUCCGACCGACUAGUACUUUGGCCAUCGCCAUCGCGUUUGGCAUAGUGUCUUUGGUCAUUCUCGUGACGACUAUGAACUUCCUGCUGACCAUCUACGCGGCCGUCUCAAUCAUUUUCGCAACUGCUGUCUCAGUGGGGAUCCUCAUCUUCCUAGGGUGGGAGCUCAAUCUUCUAGAAUGCGGAAUAUUAUCAAUAUCAGUUGGAUUAUCGACCAGCAACACUGUUCGUUACGCCAUUGCCUACCGCCAGUCCGAUUACAUCAAGAGAGACGACCGAGUAAAAGACUCCUUCACGCAAGUUGGACCGGCGGUCUGCAUGACAACACUCACAAUUUUCACCUCCGCCUUGUGCGUUUUGCCUGCUGUUUAUUUCGGUGUAUACCAAGUGACUACGUAUACUCUCAUCGUAACUUUCGUAAGUUGGCUUUAUUCGACUUUCUAUUUCCAAGCGCUGUGUGUCAGGUUCGGCCCUAGCGGCGGUUUCUUGCAGGUUCCAGCCCCUGGGAGUUGCAAUAACAGUGAUAAGGAUGAGGAGGAUGAAGACGAUUUGGAUUCCGAUGAUCUUGAGAAUGGGACUGCGUCUUUUAUCGAAGAGUUCACCAUGAUAACUGAUCUUCGAUCAAACUCGUUACCUCGAAAGAAACCAAUGAGGCCGAAUUCGGUUCAUAAUGUGAUCGUUUCGGACGCUAAUAAUAUUCCGCUUGAUUACUGUCCUCAUCGGCGCUACAGCCGGAUGCGGGAUAGUAUGAAAUCCCUGUCUACGAGCCCGGCGCGAUCUGCAAGCUUCUCCAGGCAUAGGUGCAGCACAGCGCAUUGUGCUGUGAGACCCAUCAGCCCACCGUGUGCCACGCGGAGAGUCAAUGCAGGUUGUCCGCACCGCCGCCCGACGUACUCCGUACGAUCUCUUGAUCGAAUCCCAAACCACUUCCAGCACUACCCAGAGACACCAUCGACUGAGUACCUUGACCAGGAUAUCCCUACACCGUCUCCUCUCCCUACUCCCUCUCCUCUCCCAACGCCCUCCCCUCUUCCAAGCCCCUCGCCGCCGCCGCCUCCCCCGCCUCCACCACCGGACUCCCCUAUCUACAGAAUCAGGUACGCACCUACAAGUCCAGCGCCAGUCCGCACAGCAAGUUUAGAUUUCUUGUCCACAGGUAGACGGACGCAUAAACGACGAGUUACAGAAAUCUGAAGCUGGCUGCGGAGAUUGAGAUGUGUAGGGGCUGCACUCGUCUGGGUGUCAAGAUGCCUCGACGUCAAAGUCAAACAAUUCUCCUGUUCAAUUAAUUUCCCCCAAUGCUCUCGUGCCAUGGUUAGCGUCAUUAAACACCCUUUCGUUUAACGGACAUACACGGCUGACAGGAACAUCAUACCAUUACCCUAAAAGUUGUUGGCAUCGUUCCUGACGACAUGCCGUCACUAGAAGACCGAAGUCUCAAGUCGGAAGAGUAGACGAGAGACAAGAGGUUGCGUAUUACGUCUGUCCAACUCACGGCCGAAACAAAUGACGAUUAAAAAUCCUAAUGUUUGGUAUCAAUACUUUUCUUCACAUCGACAUCAAUGAUACAUCGAUUUCAUCGUCAUCUAUCGUCUUAUCACGGAAAACCCUCGUAUGUCAUAACCAUUCAUCAUCUCAUUACACAGCUGAUGAUCAUCCUCACCAGUAUAUCUCAUUU